AUGUCGGACAAACCCGAAGGCACCAAGGACAUGGCCCAGCGGCCGCCGUACGUGCACCGCUCCGAGAAGGACUUCGGCGAGGUGAAAUGGCGCGGCAGGUGCCAGUGCGGACAGGUGCGGUACAAGGUCAAUCAGGAGAAGCCGCUCAAGGCCAAGUUCUGCCACUGUCGGGGGUGUCAGAUGACUCACGCUGCUCCCUUCCAAUGGGCCGCCAUCUUCAAAAAGGAGAGUCUGUUGUUCGACAAGGGUGCCGAGGGACUGGCAUUCUACUCCUCCACCAACAAGACGCGGGACUACUCCCUCCCGACCAAGGUGUUCUGUUCGUGGUGCCGGUCGCCCAUCAUGGACGAGGGCCGGAAUGUCUGCUUGUUGUUCCCGGAGUCGAUUGAGUGCGGAGAUACCGAUGCGGAGCGUCUAGAGUGGCGCAAGGCAUUUGAGGUCGAUUGUCACAUCUUUUACAACCAGCGAAUCUUAGAGAUCCCUGAUGGCAAACCCAAGUGGGCUGGCAUGGACGAGGAUAGUGAGAUGGUGGAUGAUAUGGGCAAGCCCACUAAAUAA